UCUAUCGUUAGUAGUAGCUAAUUUGCUCUUCCAAACGGCAGACGGCAGUAGAGUAGCUACAGAAGAAGAUGACAAAUUGUUUUUAAACGUCACUUCCUGUUGGCUAAAGCGUGUUGCAUGCUUAAAAGGAAGAUGGCAGCGGACAGCAGAACUGAGGACUACCCUCACGAGAUAGACGAACAGCUCACAUGUUUCGACUCCUCAGUUUCUUCUAUCAAAACCAUGUUGGAGAAGUUGAUGUCGAUGCCCAGGAAUGACCUGCUCCAAAAGCUGGACCCUUUGGAUCAAGCCAAGCUGGAUCUGAUGUCUGCCUACACCCUUAAUUCAUUAUUCUGGAUGUACUUGGUUACACAAGGUGUAAAUCCCAGAGAACAUGGAAUCAAACAGGAAUUGGAGCGAAUAAGGACGUACAUGAACAAAGUGAAAGAGAUUACAGACAGGAAGAAAGCUGGUCGUCUGGAUAAGGGGGCUGCUGCACGCUUUGUCAGGAAUGCUCUGUACAAUGCAGACGAAAAAGAUUCUAGAAAAAAAGCAGCAUCCAAGAAAGCGGCAGACACAAAGUCUGACACCCCGCAGUCAAAGCGUCCAAAGCAGAGCUGAAGUAGAGAAGGAGCUGUACAGUCUGGUCCCACUGCAUUUUGUACCUCUUUGGGGAUAACAAACACUUUUUGUUCACAAGGCAGCUUCUUAAGUUGUGUUACGGGCAUCAAACAAGGCUGUCAAUAGCCUGUCAGAUUGCAGCAUUCAUGUUGCUGGAUUUACCAAAACACAAGACUUGAUUGCCAUCUACGAUACACCAUCCCCGGUUUUGCUGAACGUAUUGUUGCUCCAGAAUUUAAAGGUCCCAUGGCAUGAAAAUUUCACUUUGAGGUUUUUAA